AUGAGUUUAGCAGAUUUAUUUAUUCUUGCAAAUGGUUCAAAUUUUUCUGAACUUAAACAAGAAAAAAAUAUGCCAAAUGAAGGAAUUUUAAGACAAUGUCUUCGUUUAAAUCCAAUUGAAUUAACUUAUUUAUUAAAUUCACCAUCACAAGAAAAUGAUCUUGAUGAAAAUAUUGAAAAUUUACUUGCAACAUUUAUUAAUAAUCCUGAAUCAGUUUUACAAGAUAUUGAUAUUCAAUGUUUAUGUACUAUUAUCUGUCGUGAUGUGGUAAGACAAAAUCGAAAUAAAACUGGCAAAAACUUUGUCAUUGUCGUGGAUGAUACAAAACAAUCAUAA